AAUGUACAAAAUAAUCAAAUUGAAACAAUAUCAGAUUUUGCAUUUGAAAAUUUAUUAAAUUUAAAAUUAUUAAAUUUAUCAAAUAAUAAUUUACAAACAUACCAUGAACAAACUUUUAAAGGUUUAGAAAAUUUAAAAAUUUUAGAUUUAAAUAAUACGGGAUUAAAACAAUUCACACCAAAAGCAUUUUUCCAACAAACUUUUGUCGAUGAAUUCUACGUUUCGAAUAAUAAUAUUCGAAUAAUAAAUUCUAAUUCAUUUUUAGAUAUUACAAAUAAUCCAUCUUUAACGAGUAUCGAAAUCGGUGCUUUUCAAUCGUUAAGUUCUUUAGAAACGUUAAAAUUACCAUCGAAAGUAUAUCAUAAUAUCGAAAAAGGAUUUUUUGAUGGUUUAAGUUCGAUAACAAAUUUAUCUUUAACGAAUUGUUCCAUUAAAUAUUUAAAUACAGAAGCAUUUUAUGUAAUGAAUAAUAAUUUAACAUCAAUACAUGUUAAUGCAUUUGAAUCACUAUCAGAGUUAACGGAGUUAAAUUUAUCGAAUAAUAAUUUACAAGUUUUAAAUUAUACACACUUGGAACCAUUAAAUAGUCUUCAACAUUUGGAUUUACGAAAAAAUAAAUUUACGGAUAUUAACAUCGAAACUUUAACUUGUUAUUUUAGUCGAAACUUAAAGAGAAUCCAAUUAGAGAAUAAUAAUUGGUCAUGUGAUCGAUUAUUAAUGAUUAUAAAGCAUUUAAGUGCGUUACAUAUUAAUUUUGAUCCAAUUAAUCCAGAUCGAAGUUCACCGAAUAUAAAUGGAAUUUUAUGUGAUAAUUCUACGUAUCGUGUGGAACUAGUUCAAGAACUUGGGGAUGAUGUAUGUAAAAAUAUCCCUAAUCCAGGUCCUCCUGUACCAUUUACAACACCAUCGAGUAUUGAUAUAAUGGAUCAAAUUGAUCAUAUGCAAGAUGAUUUACAAAUGGUGAAUGAUCGAUUAAAUCGUGUUGGAAUUAUUAAUACAUUGUUAAUAGUUGUUUUAGUUGGGUAUUGUACAUAUUUUACGAUUUAUCAGAUACGUAAGGCUAAUGUUUAUGCACGAUUACGGCCGUAUUUACAACGAAAUCGUGAUGCUCCAAUUGAUAUUACGAAUCCAACUGCGUGAUUUUUAGUUUUUAUUAAAAAUAUAAAUAAGAAAAACACCCAACGAAAUUCUACAACAAACUUUUUCGUGGGAAUAUAUAGCUUUCGUUCAAAUUCUCGAUAAAAUCUUCUUAAUCCAAAAAUUCCUAAGGAAAAAUUGCUUAUUUUUAUUCUAAAUUUAUUCAAAAAUACUACCAUACGAAUAUUAUGCCGAAUGUAAUCCCACGAAGGCGUAUGUUAUUACUUACGCUUGAGCUUCGACUCCAAAUAUAUCAACUCGAAUUUUUAGAACAUGCUAUUUGUUGCGAUUUGAUUUACUAAUUAAGAUCUGCUAGAUAGUUUGUCCAAAAGCCAUUUCCCAUUACGAAAGCACAUAGGUCCUUCUUUGUUAAUAGAUGUUUGAAAUUUCGACACAAAUCGGGCGAUACUUUGCUAGGGAAGUCAAGUACAUUUUUUUUUUUACUUUAUUCGGUUAAAUCAAAUCAAACUUGAUUUGAAAUAAACUUUUUCGUGUGUGGUGUAUGUACAUAUUUUUUAUAUGAGAAUUUUCUUUGAAUUCGCUUAUUCGUGGAAACAAUCAUCCCCGAAGAUGGUGAUUAAAGUUGAUCUAAUGGAAGAAUCUGUAAAAUAAUAAAAUUUCGAUAAUCGCCAAAAAUAGACCCAAAGCCCAGUUGGUUGAAUUUGUCGACUAUAGAGGAGAUGGUUGGGUUCUGAAGUUCUUAGCCUUUGCGUUCAAAAAUGGAACACAGAAAUUUUUUUCGGUUUAUCUUUUCCGAGUCUAUUUUAUCCGAUCUAUUUUCUCCUAAAUCCAAAAUUUCUUGCAAGAUUUCAAGCAAAAAUUGUUAAUUUAGUUUGGCCACACAAUGCCUUCCAAAAUCAUGGAGAUUUAAUAA